CCGAGAUGUGGAAAGCUUCAGCAGGGCAUUCUCUGUCUGUCAGCAAGGAUGACGAAGGCGCUGAUGACUGGGAGACUGACCCGGAUUUUGUGAAUGACGUCAGCGAGAAAGAGCAAAGAUGGGGUGCCAAGACGGUGAAGGGGUCCGGGCACCAGGAGCACAUCAACAUACACAAGCUAAGAGAGAAUGUUUUUCAAGAACAUCAGUCCCUCAAGGAGAAGGAGCUUGAGACAGGACCCAAAGCAUCCCAUGGCUAUGGAGGAAAAUUUGGUGUCGAGCAGGACAGAAUGGAUAAAUCUGCCGUCGGCCAUGAGUAUCAGUCCAAGCUUUCCAAACACUGCUCUCAAGUUGAUUCCGUGAGAGGCUUUGGUGGCAAAUUUGGGGUACAGUUGGAUCGGGUUGAUCAGUCCGCUGUGGGUUUUGAAUACCAAGGCAAAACUGAGAAACAUGCUUCACAGAAAGAUUAUUCCAAAGGUUUCGGUGGUAAAUAUGGUGUCGAUAAGGACAAUGUGGACAAAAGUGCUGUUGGCUUUGAAUAUCAGGGCAAAACGGAAAAGCAUGAGUCACAGAAAGACUAUUCCAAAGGAUUUGGUGGAAAAUAUGGGGUUCAGAAGGACAGGAUGGAUAAAAAUGCCUCGACCUUCGAAGACAUUUCCCAGGUUUCAUCGGCUUACCAGAAGACGCUGCCCGUGGAAGCUGUGAACAGCAAAACAAGCAACAUCCGAGCUAACUUUGAGAACCUGGCCAAAGAGAGAGAACAGGAAGACCGGAGGAAGGCGGAGGCAGAGAGAGCCCAGAGGAUGGCCAAGGAGAAGCAGGAGCAGGAGGAGGCCCGCAGGAAGCUGGAGGAACAAGCCAGGAUCAAGAAGCAAACUCCCUCUCCUCCUCCCGGUCCCCAGCCACCAGCCGAGGAGAGGACACCCCCCAGCCCUGUCUAUGAGGAUGCUGCAUCUUAUGAGGCCGAGCCAGGGUACAAAGGCCGUAGUACGACAUACUCUGGGCCUGAACAAGAGUCCGAGUACACAGCUGUGCAGUCCAACUAUCAGGAGACAGUGAGCCAGCGAGGUCUGGCACAGGAGCCGGAAGCCGUUUAUGAGACAGCAGAGUCGAUGGCUCCAAAUCAAGACAAGGAAAAUACUUAUGAUGAAUAUGAAAAUGACCUUGGGAUCACCGCCAUAGCCCUCUAUGAUUAUCAGGCUGCUGGUGACGAUGAAAUUUCCUUCGAUCCUGAUGAUAUCAUCACCAACAUUGAAAUGAUCGAUGAUGGCUGGUGGAGAGGCGUGUGUAAAGGCCGAUAUGGGCUCUUCCCAGCCAACUACGUUGAGCUGAGAUAG